AUGGCCGCCCUACCGCCACCGCCGCCGUCUUCGAUCGAAGACAUCAUCGAGACGCAAUCUUUUGUCGACCGCCAAACGAGAGGAGGACCGCGCUUCUUCUACGAGCUGAAUGUUUUGCAACAACCUGAGCGCGCUCGUGCCUGCGGUUCGGGUCAGAAGUCCGCCGCAGACCGCCGCCCAGUUGACCCCCCUCCCGUUGUUCAGUUGAAGGUCCGCAAGGGAAUGACAAAGGAGGAUGCCAAGGAUGUCACCAUGGCUUACAACGGAAACUUCUUCCUCUUCGCCGAGCUGGCUCCGGCCCGCGUCAUCGCCAAUGGGCGUGUCCAGACACCUGCCGCGGUCCGCCCCGGCGACACCCCCGUCUUGACUGGUAUGCCCGUCUCUGGCAUGGCCUACCUGGACCGACCUUCCGAGGCUGGCUACUUCCUGUUCCCCGAUCUCUCGGUCCGCCACGAGGGCCGAUACGUCCUCGCCUUCCACCUGUACGAGGAGAUCAAGAACCCCGAGGACCGUGACAUGGCCAGCGACCCUAGCGACGACGACUACCCUUGCUUCAACUGGAGAAUGGCCGUCAAGUCUGUACCUUUCAGCGUCUUUAGCGCAAAAAAAUUUCCGGGACUGACGGAGAGCACGAACCUGAGCAAGACGAUUUCGGAGCAAGGCUGCCGAGUCCGCAUCAGGCGUGAUGUGCGCAUGAGACGCAGGGAGGGAAAGCCCAGCGGUGGUAAUGACUUCGAAAGCAACGCCGACAACAACGAAUACAGGAGCAGCAGGAGAACACAAACGCCAGAAAUCCGCAGCAACGCCGACCAGUACCGAGCCAGAUCUACGAGUAACAGCAGCGAGCACCGCGCCGCGUACCCGCCCGCUCCCCCGGAGCGACGGCCAUCUGCCGUGGAGUCAUUCCAACCGCCGCCGCCGCCUCCCCCUCCCCCUCAUGCGGCCGCCGCACCGCCGCCAAACACCGGGUACUUGUCCAGGUUCUCGGCAACGUCAAACGCUCCCUACCCGCCUCAGCAACACCCCCAGCCCAUGCCGCAACCGCCUCCGGUGUCUCCGUCAACCCCCUAUUAUUCGGCCCAGCCGUCGCCGUACCAGCAGGCUCCCAUGCACUACUCGAGCAGGCCCAGCUCCCAGUACGCACCAAGCAACCCGCCUCCCACGCCUCACGAUUCGUACGAUCGCCGUGGAUCUAUGAUGGCUCUUCCCUCGCCCUCCCACUACGCUCCCAGGGAGAUGGACUAUGGCAGAAGAGAGUCCGACGCUAGGAGAGACUCUCUGCAGUCUUACCGCAUGCCGCCUCCCGUUGAGAGCCACAACAUGCCUAGGCAGUCCGUUGUUCUCCCCCCUAUUUCGACCGUGCAAAUGACUGCCCCGCCUCCGCCGCCCCGUGCUCUUCUGGUACCCUCCGACGUGAUCGAGCCUGCACCUGCCACUCAGCAAGUCCCAGUUCCGGAUAACGUCCACGCUGGCAUGAAGCGUGGCUACGCCGACACUUUCGCCGAGAGCAGCCGUCCCCUCUACGACGGACAGCGCCCGCAAGACAUGCACAGCGCCUACAACCCCCACCGGGACUUCUCUAACCGCAUGGCAUACAAGCGUGCUGACGGCACCUACGGAGAGAAGCCGAACAACGAGUACCGUGAUUAG